AUGGCUGAAAUAGCACAGACUGUUAACAAGCACGUUCAAAACAAUGUAGAGCCGGUGGCUCACCCGCAGCCACGCAGCACCCAAGGUCCUUCGAGGCUUUCAAGGCUCGACGAAAGUGACUUUGUAACGGUCACAGAAGAUCGUGAGCUGAGGCGGGGUCUUCACCAGCGGCACGUUUCCCUUAUCGCGAUCGCGGGAGCUAUCGGAACGGGUCUUUUCCUGGGACUCGGAGGAUCAAUUCAGACGGCUGGUCCCCUCGGAGCCUUACUAGGCUAUGCGACUAUCGGUGUUGUUGUCUGCGCUGUACAGUUUGCCCUUGGCGAGGUAACAGCCCUGUUGCCCGUCACUGGCUCCUUUGUCCGCCAUGCAGAACUGUUGAUUGAUCCUGCCUUCGGCUUUGCAAUAGGGUACAAUCUCGUCUACGGCAAUUGUCUCUCUAUCCCGGCUGAAAUUACAGCAAUUUGCGUUCUCUUGCAGUACUGGACCGACAUCAACCCUUCAAUAUGGAUCCUGCUAUUCAUUGCUAUGACAGUCGCCGUCGGCUUAUCCUUCAUUGGUAUUUAUGGCGAGGUUGAGUUCUGGUUUGCUCUGCUCAAGAUCCUCUUCAUCGUGUUCCUGAUCAUCCUCGGCCUGAUCAUCGACCUUGGCGGUGUUUCAGGCACGCCUCGCACCGGCUUCAAGUACUGGAAGAAUCCCGGCCCAUUCGUCGAGUACAUAGCCACUGGUUCUUGGGGUAAGUUUCUUGGUUACUGGGCUGUCAUGAGCAAUGCUGUCUUCAGUUUCGCGGGGACUGAGAGCAUCGCCAUGGCCGCUGCCGAGACGCGACACCCUCGUGUGGCGAUCCCCAAGGCCUGUAAGCGGGUGUUUAUCCGCGUUUCGAUAUUCUACAUCCUCGCCGUGCUCAUAGUGGGCAUGCUCGUACCAAGCAACGAUCCCAGACUCGACGACCAGUCCGGCACCGCCGCACAGAGCCCAUUCGUUAUCGCAGCCAGCGCCGCGGGCCUCAAAGGUGUUCCGUCCCUCGUGAAUGCCGUCGUGAUUGCCUCAGCGUGGUCCAGCUCAAAUCAAGCUUUACUUUCUGGCACCCGCGUCCUGUACGGCCUUGCGCUGAAGAAUCAGGCGCCUAGGGUCUUCUUGCGCACUACCCCAUGGGGUGUUCCCUAUGUUUGCGUGCUAUUCUUUGCGGCCUUCAUGUUCCUCGCUUUCAUGAGCCUAUCGGAGGGUGCGCUGACCGUGUUCUGGUGGCUCGUGGAUUUGACGGCGUGCGGCGUGCUAAUCUCGUGGAUCACGGUGCUGUUAAAUCAUCUCCGGCUGCUGCGGGCUAUGAAUGCGCAAGGACUGGAGUUGAAGAUGCUGCCAUGGCAUUCAAGAUGGACUGAGUUUUCAACACCUGUGGCACUGUUCUUGUGCGUUGUGAUCCUCCUCACAGCUGGAUUCCCGGUCUUCACGAAAGGCAAUUGGUCGACCAGCGGGUUCAUCGCAUCGUAUUUGGACAUACCUCUCGUGGCCACAGCGUAUGCCGUGUGGAAGAUAUAUAAGCGGACUGCGAUUGUGAACCUUUCGGAGAUCCCCCUUGAAGAGGCUCUUACACGGGCUGCCGAAGAUAUAGAGCCAGAAACUAAGUUGCCAAAAUGGCGGCAGGUGAUAGGGUUCCUUUGGGACUGA